AUGACCAAUAGCUCCCAAUUACAGGUGACAGUCCAGCUGUGGAUAGAGGAAAUGAAUUACCAGGAAAUUGGAAACCACACCAAAGUGACUGAAUUCAUUCUCAUGGGGCUGUCCAGGCACCCAACAUCCCAGAGUGUUCUCUUUUGGGCACUGAUGUUUCUCUACAUAGUAACUUUGGCAGGAAACAGUAUGAUCAUUUUCUUGGUUGGAGUCAACUCUCAGCUGCACAACCCAAUGUAUUUCUUCCUUGGUAACUUGUCUGUGCUGGAUCUUCUGUUCUCCACCAAUGCUGUGCCUCUGAUCAUGGUGAACUCAUUGCAGAACUUCCCCACCAUCUCCUACAGCUUUUGUUUUGCCCAGCUUGCUAUCCGAGCCUUCUUGGCACUGGCUGAGUUUUUCCUUCUUGCCAUUAUGGCUUACAACCGAUUUGUGGCUAUUUCAGACCCACUCAGGUAUAAGCUAGUCAUGUCUCCUUGAGUGUGUAUUUUAAUGGCUUUGGUUGCCUGGAUAACAGUCCUCCUGAUCACUAUUAUACCUAUUUUGCUGUUUCCUGUCAGUUUCUGUGGGCAUAAUGCAGUCAAUUACUUCUCCUGUGAAGUCCAAGCCAUCUUUAAAUCGCUCUGUUCUAAUACCAUUUCCCUAGAGAUUAUGAUGAUGGCAUGUGCUGUCAUUUCAAUGCCAGUACCUUUAAUUUUUAUUCUUAUCUCUUACUUUUGUAUCCUCAGGGCUGUCUUAAGAAUCCAACCACAGGAGGCCAGGCUUAAAGCCUUUUCCACAUGUGGUUCUCACCUGAUCAUGGUCACCAUCUACUUUGGGACACUAAUAUAUAUUUAUGUGAGACCCCAAACCCAAAAGUCCCAAGAUGGAGAUAAAAUUGUCUCUAUAUUUUAUGCAGUAGUGACCCCUAUGCUAAAUCCCUUAAUUUACACUCUGAGAAAUAAAGAUGUGAAAGCUGCUCUCAGGACAAACGAACACCAACCGCCCGAGGCCGCUAACCGUUCCACCCGUCGUCGUCUUCCGGGGCUUCGCUCACCUUCCAGGACGGUUCCGGUCUUUGUUGGCCGAGACAAGGUGCGGUCUCGAGGAGCCGGCACUGAGCGCUCACGGAGAGCCCUGGUCUGUGCGGCUCCGCUGUCCAAUGGGUGGUCGAGCUUUCAGGCGUCCAUCCUCCUUCUUGGGACCUUGAAGCCCCUGCCGGCCUCCGCGGCGUUUGGGCGGCCGCCAUUCUUCUCGCCAUGCCACGCCCGCCGCCACCCAAAGGCGCCACGUCCCAGGUGGCGGCUUCAGCUGGGACGGGCACGAUUGAGCCAGAAGACCCGGCAGCCCUCGGGGUCCGGGGCCCGACAGGUCGCCGCCGCCAUCAGGUCAUCCAUCUGGGUGGCAGGUUCUACUCUCCUGCUCUUGUGGAUCAAGGCUCCAGGAAAGCUCCUGAGCACCUUAUAA